CGGCGGCGGCGGCGCUAGGGACGGGAACGCGCUCAGGAGCUAGAGAGCAGUGAUCUACGCGCCGGCCCGGCCCGCAGCUUUGGGUCCUUCGGCGGCUGCAGCACCGGAACGGGUGGUUGGGGAGGGGGGGUGGGGGGACGCCAGGCAGGUGGGACGCGAAAGCGAUGAAUCCUCGGCUCUUCCUCCUCCUCCUCUGGGACCCGCUCUCUGCCGGCCGCUCCAACGCCCGGAUGAUCUGAGCCGCGAGGGCGCCGAGAGCCGGGGGCCCGGACGCAGCCCGGCUCCUCCCCUCCUCCGCCCCGUCCCGGGCCUGACCUGGCCCGCCGCCGCCGCGGUGACCCCCUCCCCGCCCCCUCCCCGGUCGCCGCCACCGCCACCGCCGCCUCGGCCGACCAGGGACCUGUCCUCCCGCGGCUGCUCCGGCUGGCUUGUCUAGAGUCUACAUUCUUACUCUCCUGCUAAGUCCAAGAAUGAGGAAGAAUUAAAAGCAAGAAAGGAAAUACAGAAGAGAUUGCUCAGGCUGAGGAGGGCAAAGUGCUUAUAGUUGGCUGCUUCACCAGGACUCUACAAAUCACUCAGAACCCAAGGAGACCUAGAGGAUCAAGACAUAAUGGGAGCAUUUUUAGACAAGCCAAAGAUGGAAAAGCAUAAUGCCCAGGGGCAGGGUAAUGGGUUGCGAUACGGGCUAAGCAGCAUGCAAGGUUGGCGUGUUGAAAUGGAGGAUGCACAUACAGCUGUGAUCGGUUUGCCAAGUGGACUUGAAACAUGGUCAUUCUUUGCUGUGUAUGAUGGGCAUGCUGGUUCUCAGGUUGCCAAAUACUGCUGUGAGCAUUUGUUAGAUCACAUUACCAAUAACCAGGAUUUUAAAGGGUCUGCAGGAUCACCUUCUGUGGAAAAUGUAAAGAAUGGAAUCAGAACAGGUUUUCUGGAGAUUGAUGAACACAUGAGAGUCAUGUCAGAGAAGAAGCAUGGUGCAGAUAGAAGUGGGUCAACAGCUGUGGGUGUCUUAAUUUCUCCCCAACAUACUUAUUUCAUUAACUGUGGAGACUCAAGAGGUUUACUUUGUAGGAACAGGAAAGUUCACUUCUUCACGCAAGAUCACAAACCAAGUAAUCCGCUGGAAAAAGAACGAAUUCAGAAUGCAGGUGGCUCUGUAAUGAUUCAGCGUGUGAAUGGCUCUCUGGCUGUAUCAAGAGCCCUUGGGGAUUUUGAUUACAAAUGUGUCCAUGGAAAAGGUCCUACAGAGCAGCUUGUCUCACCAGAGCCUGAAGUCCAUGAUAUUGAAAGAUCUGAAGAAGAUGAUCAGUUCAUUAUCCUUGCAUGUGAUGGUAUCUGGGAUGUUAUGGGAAAUGAAGAGCUCUGUGAUUUUGUAAGAUCCAGACUUGAAGUCACUGAUGACCUUGAGAAAGUUUGCAAUGAAGUAGUCGACACCUGUUUGUAUAAGGGAAGUCGAGACAACAUGAGUGUGAUUUUGAUCUGUUUUCCAAAUGCACCCAAAGUAUCACCAGAAGCAGUGAAGAAGGAGGCAGAGUUGGACAAGUACCUGGAAUCCAGAGUGGAAGAAAUCAUAAAGAAGCAGGGGGAAGGCGUCCCCGACUUAGUCCAUGUGAUGCGCACAUUAGCGAGUGAGAACAUCCCCAGCCUCCCACCAGGGGGUGAAUUGGCAAGCAAGCGGAAUGUAAUUGAAGCCGUUUACAAUAGACUGAAUCCUUACAAAAAUGACGACACUGACUCUACAUCAACUGAUGAUAUGUGGUAAAACUGCUCAUCUAGCCAUGGAGUUUACCUUCACCUCCAAAGGAGAGUACAGCUCAACUUCGUUGACCUUUUAACAUCCAUCCUCAACUUUAAGGAAGGGGAUAUGACAUGGGUGAGAGUAAUUACACCAGAGAACUUCAGCAGUACAACAGCUAGCCCAGAAGUGAAUUUUUUUUUUUUUUUUGUAAAUUUGAGACUUAUGUAAACGUGAUUUCAAACCAUAAUUCAUGUUGUAAAUCAGACUCCAGCAAUUUUUGUUGUAUGAUUUUGUUUUUUUGUAAAGUGUAAUUGUCCUUGUACAAAAUGCUCAUAUUUAAUUAUGAACUGCUUUAAAUCACUAUCAAAGUUACAAGAAAUGUUUGGCUUGUUGUGUGAUGCAACAGAUAUAUAGCCCUUUCAAGUCAUGUUGUGUUUGGACUUGGGGUUGGGACAGGGAGAGCAGCAGCCACUUCAGCUAGAUGUUCAAACGUGCGCAUGAUUAUGGAGAAUAAUUUCAAAAUCUUACAAACCUGAACAUCCAAGGAGUUAUUGAAAACUAAAUGUUCUUGGUAGGGGAUUGGCAUUGUUCAUAAAGCUGGUCCCUUCAUUUAACUGUCAGGAUGUUCUCUCCUUGUUGCCAUGAGUAUUGCAGGUAAUACAGUAUAUUCAUAAGAAUACCAAUCUUGGGGCUAAAAUGCCUUGAUUCUUUGCACCUCUUUUACAAGUCCUUACAUUUAAUUACUAAUUGAUAAGCAGCAGCUUCCUACAUAUAGUAGGAGACUGCCACAUUUUUGCUAUCAUGAUUGGCUGGGCCUGCUGCUGUUCCUAGUAAGGUAUUCUGAAUUCCAUUUUAUCAAUAAAGCUUGAUUUAACAAACAAGAAAUUUAAUCAUGUAUGUGUAAUUCCUCUCUUACCCCGGCCUUUUAAAACACCAUACUAUUGUAAAUGAGAUGUUUCUCAUAGGAAAAGAUGUUAGUCUCUUUUAAUUGGACAACUCUGUUACUCAAGGCAUAGAUGGAACUGUUUCCCUGCCAUUAGAAAGACUAAAAGAUUCGAGUCUCUGUUGUUCCUUAAUCUGUUUUUUAAAUAGGUUUCUUUUGGGCUGCUUGUUUUUCAUUAAGAUGUGCAUCAGCUUGAAUUUGCCUACUGUUUAAUUAAAAUAAUUGUCAAAGUUUGACAAUCUAACAGUCUGUGGUAGGGGUGUAUGUGUGUGUUUGUGAGUGUGUGUUUGCCUGUGAUUUUUAAUUGGCCCAUGUCUUUAGAAUCCAAGUGGUUAAGAUGUAUUUGUGAUUUGAAAUAUAGCAUGUUGAUAAUAUUUAGCUGUUGGCCUUUAAAAAUAACUUUCAAAGCUUAAAGAAUUGUAGAUAUAAAAACCUAAUUUAAUUCAGGCUUAAAUUCCUCUGAUUAAGCAUGUGAAAGUAAGUUUUAAAAUCUGUCACAUUGAAAAGACUACUGUUCUGUGCCCUUCUGUAUUUUUGUCUCUUUAAGUUGAAUGUUGUAUUUAUCACCGUGUAAUUUAAUCAUUCAGUAGGCAGAUUCCCCACUAGAAAACUAUUAAAAUGUAAGACUAAAAUACAACAUUGAAUUUAAAAUCAAAACUUUGUGUAUAAAAGCUAGUAUAAUCCAUUUUGUUAUAUUUGUUUUUUCCCUAACUUGGAAAUAUACAUAUUUGUAUAUAUAGCCUUAAAACUAAUGUAAAGUUAGGGGAGUAGUGGGAAAAGUAAUGUGAAAUGUCUCAGAUUUAAGUAGUUACAUACCAGCAAAAUCUUUUCAUUAUCCCUCUUAUUUGUGAGGUGAUUAAAUGUAACUUAAUUGUAUUUAAUUUAUAUCUUAAUCCAGCAUGAAUGAAGAAAAACUGAAGUACUAUUUAUAUUUAGAAAUUCAUAACAGUUGGAAUUACAGAACCAAUUCCAUACUUACAAUAAAUACUUAAUGUCUAAAUCUGUGGUAGAGUGCGAAGUAUGAUAAUGUUCUAAGUUAUGGCUUUGCAAGCAUCUAAAUGUGCAUUUAAUGAAUACCAGUGCUUCUAGUGUAAAUUGAUUACCAGACAUACUAGUACUGAAAGCAAAAUCCCUCCUAUAACAAACCAGUUCCUUAAUUUUUUAAGUAGAAUGAAAUUUUUAGUUCCAGAAAUUGCAAAACCUUGAACUGGACUGUGUAAUCUUUUGAGAUGCAAAAUUUAAGUUACAAGUAGUGUAUGUGAUGGAAAGCUAUAUUUCAAUUGCUAACAGCAUAUUUAGAGCCUUUUUAAAUUUAAGAGUCUUUAAACAAAAAGGAAAUUAAAAUAUUCCUCUGUUAAAAUUAUUACUAUUGAAAUUAUGCUUGGAAGUGAGAAAAUUGUAUUUAAGUAUGAUCUAAGAAGACUAAAUCUUUUCCACAUGAGUCAGCACUGCCAAACUAGAUAUAAUUUUUCAUUACAAAAAUACAGGAAGGAAGUACACAUUAUAACAGCAGACUGUAUGUGUUCCUGAUUCCUGGGGGUAAUAGUGGGGAAGGAGAGCCAACUACACUUUUUAAAGGCACUUUUGCACCUCUGUUGUGCACUUCGUUUUUGUACCACUUAAAUUCUUGACCCCUCACCCCCCUUUUUUGUGCAAAUUAGCAUCUCAGGGCAAUGCCUCAAAAAUGUUUGAUGCGUUCUAUGUUCUUUGGAGGGAAAAAGUUGUUAUGUGACAGUAAUAUAGUAUUCAAAAUACACCUUCAUUUAAAUGUCUUAUUUGCUGUGUUUAGUAGGAAAUUCAGUUUUAUAUAGCAGGCUCUUUUUACCCUAACAUUAAAAAAUUUCACUGAUCUAUUACUGUUUUAAUAAGGUAUGAUCUCCUAAUUUCCACUUUCUUGGGGAAUAUUCUUUUACAAAUGCAGUUCUAAGUAUUAGCAUUGACUUUUAAAAAUCAAAGUGAUACACAGCUUUAUAACUAUCUCAAACAUUUUUAAUUGUAGUGGAUUAACUUCUAGAAUACUGUGCAACUGCUGUGGGCCACUUAAUUUUUUAUACUAACUUCAUAACGUUAAGAAAUUUGAAUUAAGGAAUAAAUUAAUUAUGUAAUUCAAAUAAUCUGAAUUACAGCAGUACUUUUAGUGAUCUAUUUGACCAUAUGUUAAUCCAGCUAAUAACUCAGCUUUUCCACAAAAUAUUUUGAGUAUUAUCUGCAAAACACUGUUCUAGGCUAAGCACCUGGGGACUAUAAAGAGAUAAAUAGGUUCGUAAUUUAUAAUCUAGUUAUGUUAAUAUUAUAACUGGAUCACUAAUUAAAAAAAUAGUUAAUUGUCCACUUAUUAUCUGCCAGGUACUUACCUGAACAGGCCCCCCUGCCUUGAAGAACCUAUUUGUACUUUAUUCACCUGUGAACUUUUCUUCUGUUUAUUUUCUUCUCACCAAAGUUAAUCUCAUUCAGAAGAAAAUUUUGCCCAGCAUAAGAAUAAAAUAGGACUUAUGAGGCUUAAGUCCAUGCUUGAUUGCCUAUAACAAUUGGCCUUUACUCUUCCUGCUGAUAGCAGUAAAUCAGAGAAAUAGGUAAUGGAUUUCUUAGAUUCUCCAGCCAUAGAAAUACAGGUGGGGUUGAGUUUAUGGCAUUUAAAAAUAUAAAUAGCUAAAUUUAUCUUAUUUAAGUAAAACUCUGUUCUUUAUAACACACUGCCAGUAUUAUAUCCAAUUUUAGCCAAAUGAUUAUUGUGCUUUAAUAUUUUAAAAUUUCACUGCCCAUCUUUAUUGGACAAAUUCAUCUGGGAAUUCAACUUAUGAUUUCUGAAAGAGCUGAUAAAAUUGGGUACUGCUUUUUCUUUUAUUUUUUUAUUUUAAUUUUGAAUUUCAUGGUGUAUACUUUUAGUUCAUACUUUGCUAAAAUAUUUUGUACAGUAUUGUAUUAGGAUUUGGUAUUAGAAAAGAUAUGUAAAUAUUUCAGUAUAUAAAUGUUUCUCAUUUGAGGUUUUUCUUUGAAGGGACCUUAAGGAGUUUCAUAUACUUUUGCUUACAGAUACUGCUAGUGAGGUGACCAUUUUUUAAUUGAGUAUCUAAUCUUCUAAUUAGUUUUUCUUUUAGGCUUUAUAGGAGAUCUUUAUAUUUUAAAUUUUUAGAAGCCUAAUUUUACCUUAUUCCUUCAAUAAUGUGCCAUGUGUUUGGUUUGUAUUUUAAAUUGUAUAUUACUUUGGAAUAUGCUUGAAAUAUUUAAGAAUACAUUUUUAAAAUGUAUAAUACUGUAUCAUUUUCUUGGUCAAAAUUAUAAGUCUCAGUUAAAUGUUAGUGGUUACUGAUAGAAUAUUCUACAGGAAUGAUGAGGGACAUUGUUCCACUUCGUUGUUAGAUGAACAUUUUCCACUUUUGUUCACCUCAACAUAGAUUCUUUCCCUUUUAACUGUUUUUUGUAAUUAAGCUAGUGGCCUCUGCUGUCGUUGUUUUCCUAUUUAUAUUACCAGCAGGUGGGAGUGCUAAUUAGAAAAACUCAGAUGGUAUUGAAAUUGCAGUUAACAACUUAUACUUUUAUGAGAUGGGAAAAGAUUAUUUAAGUUGACAUAGUAACUUGUUUAAGUGACAUUUUUUUUCUUACUUAUCCUGCAUGAAAUGUUGCUCCCAUUUCCUUUAUUUCAUUUAUGGUGUCUCCUUUUUUUUUUCAAACCGAAACAGGCCAAUUCCAUUUUCUUGAACAAGAAAGCUGAGUGCAUUACCUCAUCAAGGCCAAUUAACAUUAUUAAUACUAUGUUAAACUGGGCUGAAAAUAAGAAAACUUGAGAGAUGAAGGAAUGGAGAAAUGGCAGUAAGAUGGGCAGGGGGGAGGAUUACUCUUAAUUCUUAAAAGCCAUAGGAAAGUCUUCCUUGGACCUGGCUGUAUGUUUGUCACAUAAACCAGUAAGAAUCAACCUUUGUUGCUUCAGAUAAUUUGGUUUUUCCAACAAGGAAGAUAAUGAUAAAACUUACUGAUUCUUCAACAUAGAAACAACUGAGAAAAAUAAAAUGUAAUGCUUCUUUAAUGCAAAACUGAACCCUUCCUUUCUUUUCAUUGCUCUAAAACCCAGUUUUCUACUAAUGGCUUUCUCAUUAAACUAAAUGUUUAGAAAAAUUGUUGAGAGUUUUUCUUUUCCUUUUUCAUAGUCCUGAUCCAGUAAAAUACUACUUAGUACUGUGUGCAUUUGUAUGGUACUAUCUAAAGUAAGGUAGAUUUGUGUAAGAGAUUGGGUAGCUGCAGGACAAAAUUAGUUAUAUCCUAAUUAAGUAUAGUGAAUGGCACAAACUCAUUAAUAGCAAUGGUUCUUAAUCCUUUGGGGUCACAGGCCCUUUGAGAUUGAUGAAUCCUAGGGACUCCCUCACCCAGGAAAGUGCAUCUAAUAUAUAUGACUCCCUAAAGUUUAUGAUAUUGCAGUGGUUCAUUGGCCCCUUGGUUAAAGUCCCAUUCUAAAGUAUAUUAGGGCAUCAUCCUUUUACCUGCAAAGCCCAUACAUACAUCUCAAGGUAAUGUUAAGGAAUUGUUUCACUCUUUAAAAGAUAGAGGUGGAUGGGGGCCUGGCUAUAAUCUGAUAUUAAAAUAUACUUUAAAAAAAAUACUAUAUUUGGGGGGAAAGAAUGAUUAAGGGUAAACAAAACAAAACAUAGUAUUUGUACUAGUUUUGGAGGGUAAUAUCUUUCUCUAAGACUUGCCACGUUUAAAAUUCUACGGAAAAGAGGUAAAACAAAUUGAAUGUGUUUGACUUCCAAAGUGCAGGUGGACUAUUUUAACAGCACAUUUAACUGUCAGAGCUUGCUCAGGUUUUAAGAUUUUGAGCUUCCUGGUAUUAGAGUUCAUUAAAUGUUCAAUUCAUUUCAGAUUCUAAGGAAUUAGGUAUUUACUUGUACAGAAUGUUAAAAUAGAAUCUAACAUGGACAAACCACCAAUACAUGGUUUAUGAGAUUUGUACUAAGAUAUAAAUACAGUGAAAGAAUGUUAUUAAUUUGUUGUCAAAAUUAGAUGUUCAAUUACAACUUAAUUCCCAUUUGUGAGAAUUUUGGAGCAUAGCAGCUUGUUUUACAUUAUUAGCCCUUGACUUAAACAGCUUAUUUGCAGAAAAAUAUCUUGUUUGUAGUGAUAUGCCCCAAUACUGAUUGAUUUCACUUUUGAAAUGAUUUAUUUCACUUAAUAGUGUAAAUGUUAUGAGUGCAGAGACAUGUACAUGUUAAAAGCAUGUGGUAUUAUAUAUAGAAUCAUUUUUUUAAAAAUCUAUAAAUAUGAGACUAAUACAAUUGCAGAAAUAUUUUUCUUAAACACAAUGUGUAACAAAAUUCUCCACAGUAACUCAUCCAGUUUGCAGUUUGGGUGAUCCAAACUUUUAAAGAAAUUCCAUAAAUGUGUAUUUUGUAUUAUGUAUCAUUUCCUGGUCCAAAGAAAAUAUGUGAACUCAGUUCUGACUUUAAGAAUGUACUUUUUGUUUUCAAGUCCAUUGAAGAAAUUGCAUUCAGCCUGUGAAUGGUUGCAGAUUGUAUUUGAGAUGAAAAGUAGAAAUAAUUUCUAGUUUGCAAAACUGGUGCCACUAAAUAAACAGGCAAUU